AUGCAUUUAUCUCUUUGCAGAAAGCCAUGGUCAGUGACCAAGUUUCUGUACUUCCACAUUCGUUACGUGCCAGCGCUGGUACAGAUAGCCAUAACAUUUGUGGGCACCGAAAUAGCGGAAACCUUCAACUAUACUGCCCAUGACUGUUAUAUCUGGCAAGUCUUCCAAGGUGUAGCCAGUGUCUCAAUCAUUGCGGCUGUGGACAUCAUCCUCAUCCUGCGAGUCUAUGCCUUGUACAAUGGUCAUUGGGCUAUCAGGUUGUCUGUCGGGUGUCUCUUUUUCAUGGAAGUUGUCUGCAUGAUCGUAGGUUUGACCCUGGCCAUCCCGGGCAUUCGCUUCGGCUCGGACUGCUCAACGACAGGCGUUCCUCAGUCCCUACUUGUAUACGCAGCUGGAUCAGUCCUCUUCCAAAUCAUCCUUUUCCUUCUCACAGUCGUGCGGUUCGGCAUCGCUGUGCGCGCUGGGUGGGGGCGAAUCCCUUUAGUGGAGCUAAUUAUGCGAGAUGGUACCUGGGCAUUCUUCGUCCUUGUCGCUAUUGUUAUCGCGGAGGCUGGACUGUUCGGACUUGAAAACCACGCACUGGCUGGGGUUCUAUAUGGAUGGCUGCUAACGACUUUUUCCUUCGUCGGAUAUCGUGUUCUAUUGAAUCUCCAGAAAGUGGUCGUACGUACGCCCCACCCCAGCACGUCGCGCUCCUCAAACGGGUACCGCUUCUCGACAGUGCUGAGCUCGGAUGCUGAGAACAAUCAAACGGAAUCCCACGAGCUGUCGAACACCACGAAUCGUGCCACCUCUAUCGCGCGAAUCUGA